AUGGGCCGGCACUCCUUCCAUCAAAGGCCGGACAGAGUCGAUGCGCAUGGCGCUGUUGACCUUCAGUUUGCUGGGGUUACACUCGGUCUUACCAAGUCCCGGACUUCACUCGUCUGGAUUGCCGGUCCUUUGUCUGGGUUGAUUAUCCAGCCACUUAUUGGUGUCAUUGCAGACCGAUCACGAUCCAAAUGGGGGAGGCGCAGGCCAUUCAUGAUUGUGGGUUCGUUCGUCGUCACAUUGUGCCUGCUAGUACUGGGAUGGACUAGGGAGAUUGUCGGCGUUUUCGUCAAGGAUACAGAGAAGGCCAAGAAUGUCACGAUUGCUCUAGCUGUUCUUAGCAUUUACGCCGUCGAUUUUGCGAUCAACGUUGUCCAAGCAUGCUGUCGCAGCUUAAUUGUCGACACAUUGCCUAUCCCUCAACAACAGGCUGGGUCCGCAUGGGCGUCCAGAAUGUCGGCUAUCGGCCAUCUUGUCGGAUAUGUUAUUGGUUCAAUCGACACAGUUAGCAUUUUUGGUACCAUACUUGGUGACACUCAGUUCAAGCAGAUGACCGUUAUAGCUGCGAUGUCUUUGGUAGGAGCAGUUUCGGUCACGUCGUGUUCUGUGAAGGAGAGAGUCUUGAUUACUGCAAGAGACUCUGAUGGGAAGGCCGGGGCACUUCAGGUGCUUUCUCAGCUCUUCAAGACUACGAUGGACUUGCCUCCUCGAAUUCAAGCCAUAUGUUGGGCUCAAUUCUGGGCCUGGAUCGGCUGGUUUCCAUUUCUCUUUUACAGCACGACGUGGGUCGGAGAAACGUAUUUUAGAUAUGAGGUUCCCAAAGAUGAAAUCAAACAAGAUGAUAUGCUCGGCGAGGUUGGUCGUGUUGGCAGUUUGUCGUUGGUUGUCUUUUCCUCUAUUACCUUCAUCAGCUCGAUUCUCUUGCCGUUCUGCGUACAGUCUCCAGAUAGCAAAAGGUCCCGAUUUACUCCGCGGCCUCCUCCGGGGAUGGCUGCAUUUCUCAAGAAGGUUGUCACAUUUCGCCCAGAUUUGCAGACGACUUGGUUGAUUUCGCAUCUCAUGUUCGCCACCACCAUGAUCUUUGCACCCUUAGGACGGUCCCGAGCUUUCGCAACCUUACUUGUGGCCCUUUGCGGAGUACCAUGGGCUGUUAGCUGCUGGGCCCCAUUCGCAUUCAUGGGCGUGGAGAUCAACAAGCUAGCCAUGAGUCCCUCUCAGCAAUCCCGCGCGUCGGGAGUGACCAUGAUCACAUCGGCCAGCCUUCGUUCCGGUGCAUACGGUGAUAUGAACGGGGACACAGAAAUGGAAACCUUGCGACUUAAUCACCAUGACGCGGACAGCGACAGUGAUCUAGAAGAGGGAUCCACGCAGAUGCCCUCGACCGGAGAACUUGCCGGGAUCUACCUGGGUGUUCUGAACGUAUACACGACGCUUCCCCAGUUUGUUGGCACCUUCAUCAGCUGGAUCGUUUUCAGCAUUUUCGAACCGGCCAGCACCAAACGGGAUGAUUCGGCAUCGGACACACAAUGGAUGAAUCUAGACAAAAACUCACCGAACGCUAUAUCAAUCUGUUUAUUUAUUGGCGCGUUGAGCGCCAUUAUAGCCGUGGAAGCAACUCGACGACUUCGAUAUGUUCUCUAA